AUGAAGCUGCUGAUUUUACUUAACGUCGCGCUCUUGAUCGUUGCCCAGUGCGAGGCACGCGAACUGGGAUCAGGUCGAAAGUUGAGCCGCCAGCUGGAUUUGGAUGUGGUGCGUCCCGAGUCACGUAUUGUGGGUGGCACCGAUGCACCCGAGGGCUGGGCGCCCUAUCAGGUAUCCAUAAUGAGCACAUUUGGCGAACAUGUCUGUGGAGGCAGCAUCAUAGCCGAGCAAUGGAUUCUGACAGCUGCCCAUUGCCUGGAGUGGCCCAUACAGUACCUUAAGAUUGUCACCGGCACCAAUGAUUAUACAAAACCGGGUGCAGAGUAUCUGGUGGAUGCGACCAAGAAGCACUGCCAGCAUGAUCAACCUAUCUAUCACAAUGAUAUUGCGCUUAUACACACGGCCACGCCCAUUGUCUAUAAUGAGCGCACACAGCCCAUCAAAUUGGCGAGCGUGGACAGUUUGAAAGCAGGCGAUAAAGUCACACUAUCCGGCUGGGGCAGCACCAAAGCCUGGGGCCGAUAUGUUACCCAGCUGCAAAAGAUUGAUCUGGCCUAUGUGGAGCGCUCGAACUGCAAGUCGAAGGUGCGCAAUGCCACCUGGGUGGGCGACGGACACAUCUGCAGCUUCACCAAGGAGGGCGAAGGCUCCUGCCAUGGCGAUUCAGGCGGCCCGCUGAUCGAUGCGAAUCAAACGCUUGUCGGCGUUGUCAAUUGGGGUGAGGCCUGCGCCCUGGGCUAUCCAGAUGUCUAUGCCUCGGUGCUAUAUUAUCGCAACUGGAUCAGCGAGAUGAUGACUGAGCAGGGCAAGGCCUGUUAGGAGCUGGUAGGCACAAAGCGCAGAAGGAACAAAAGUAAGGCGAAUAAAAGCCAAACCGAACAAAAAUUAUGUAUACAAACAUAUAUACUUAGACAGCUUUAAAGACUUUAGACCUUAAGUCC